UACUACAUCAGCACCUCGUACCGCUCCUACCUGCUGGACGAUCAGGUCCACGGCCGAGCGGACCUAGGGGGUCUGAUCAAAGCUCUGCAGACCGGCUGCCGCUGCAUCGAGCUGGGAGUCACCGACGGCCCAGAGGGAGAGCCUCUCCUGGGGGUGGAUUAUGGUCCAGACAUCUCCCGCCACCAUCACCACCACCACCACCACCACCAGCACCACCAGCACACCCCAGUCACCGUGCGCUCUGCUCUGGAAGUAGUCAACAAAUACGCCUUCCUGUCCUCCCAGUUCCCCCUGCUGCUCUACCUGUGCCAGCGCUGCUCUCCGGGACAACAGCGCACCUUAGCUCAGCAUUUAAAGAAAGUCUUCAGCUCCCGUCUUUACACCCCGGAGACUUUUCCUGCCAGCCUGGGGGGCCGAGCCACAACCUUACCCUCCCCCGAGCAGCUGAAGGGGCGCAUCCUCAUCGUGGGGAAGAAGCUGCCUCAGGAGCAGGACGCGUCUGAAGGGGAGAUAUCUGAAGAGGACGAGGAGAUCGGAGGAGGGGGUCCUCUGGCUGGACGAAGAAUGACCAUCCCUGGUGAGGAGGAGCUGGGCGUCGUCUUGGUGGUGCCUCCUCCGUCCCAACCCAGGAAGCUCCGCCUCCACAAAGACCUGUCAGAUUUAGUAGCGAUCGCUCGUUCGGGAAGUCGCAGUUUCUACGCCCAGAGAGCCACCUACAAACCGCAGCAGUCUCCCCCCAGCAGCCCCUCUUCUCCUGGGACUCCUUCAGCUUCUGAGCCUCCUUGUUGGACGCUUUGCUCCCUGGGUGAAGGGGAAGGAGGGCGUCUGACCACCGAGAGCCCGGAGGACCUGGUGAUGUUUACCAAGCGCACCCUGACCCGGGUACGACCCAGCUCUGUGCGCCUGGACUCCAGUAACCCCAACCCUCAGGGGUACUGGAAGGGAGGGGUCCAGCUGGUGGCGUUGAACCAGCAGACCCCCGGCGCCAUGCUGGACCUCCACAGAGGACGCUUCUCUCAGAACGGAGGCUGUGGGUACGUCCUGCGCCCGGCUGUCAUGAGGGACGAGGUGUCGUACUUCAGCGCUCACACACAGGGCUGCGUGCCGGGAGUGCCCGCUCAGACUCUGAGGAUUAAG